AUGUUAAGGGUGGCAGCUGUUGGGCUGGCGUGGGAAUGUCCUGCAUCUGGAUCUUUGUGCAAAUGCUCCCUGGCACAAGCAUCUCGUGAAACAAGGAAUGUGCAAGUGCUGUUGAAAAUGGUCGUGCUGCAGGGCGUUGCUCAGGUCCACGGAGUGAACAGCAGACACUUCAGUUGCCGAAGGAUUAAAGGGUGUUUACUUGCUAUCUUUGGGAUGGGGCGUUCUGCAUGGACGUUUCGCCAUCUUCUUUGGGUGAUUCCCAUGCUACUGGUCGCCUUUGCAAUGGUGGCCGAUUUGAUGUUUCGAUUUUGUGGUUUAGUUGGGAGGGAAUUUCAUGAGGCUGAAUUGGUUAGAUUGGAACAUUGGGGUGUACAGUAA